GUAUACCAAAUUCUCAAUUUUCUCUUCGUGUCGUCGCAAACAAAAACCCUGUAAAAUCGUCGAAAUGGUGGCGUACUACGACGAGUGCGACGCUGCCGAGAACCCCAAGACUCUGACCGACUGGGUGCGUAACUUCCGCGUUAAGCGCCAGAAAAUGCGUCGCAAGCUGAGAGGCGCUGGCAGCGACCUACGCGUGAACGCCAUCUUGUCGACGGCCCUGCUCCACGCGGAACACGAGCUGCGUAGAAAGCAGCAGGAGCGCUUCAGCCGCUGGCUGGAUAUCCAAACACGGUUCGUGCCACAUGGCAGGACGCACUGCGCCAGUGACACCUACCCUGCAGUGGCGGCCUCGAGCGCCAAGGCUGCCGCGGAAGCAGAGGCGGAAAGUAAUUUAUGGAGCAGCGAGCUUAGUAGCCUCGACAGUUUUAUGCGUAGCUUAAGCAGCAACAGCGGCAGUCACGGCGCAAGCAACAACAAUAACAAUGGGAGCAACAGUUACACGGGUGCCAGCAAUAACAAUAACAGCAACAAUGGACAGCUCAGCUGCGCCAUUGCCGUGGCCAGUUAGUGAGAGAGAGAUGACCGUAUGGACCGCACUAUAUGUGUAUACACGGCUGACACAUACCU